CUCGCCCACAUCGACAUCGUCGUCGUUAUUAUCAUUCAUCGUCGACAUCGCAGCUACUUGUCAAAAGAAGGAAUCUCUUCGCACAUCGUCUUUCUCUUUUCCCCAUCUAACCCCAAAAAAAAAGACAAAACACACACUCUCUACAAAAUGUCUGACAAAGCUGAUAUCGGUUUGAUCGGUUUGGCCGUUAUGGGUCAGAACUUGAUCCUCAACAUGGCCGACAAGGGUUUCAAGGUCUGUGCUUACAACCGAACCACCUCCAAGGUCGACGACUUCAUGGCCAACGAGGCCAAGGGCAAGAACGUCAUCGGUGCCCACUCCGUUGAGGAGCUCUGCGCCAACUUGAAGACUCCCCGAAAGAUCGUCUUGCUUGUCAAGGCCGGUCCUGCCGUCGACGCCUUCAUCGAGCAGCUCGAGCCCCACCUCGAGAAGGGUGACAUUGUCAUUGACGGAGGAAACUCGCACUACCCCGACUCGAUCAGGAGGACCGCCGAGUUGGAGAAGAAGGGAUUGUUGUUCGUUGGUUCCGGUGUCUCCGGAGGUGAGGAGGGUGCCAGGCACGGACCCUCGUUGAUGCCCGGUGGAAACCCCGCCGCUUGGCCUCACAUUAAGGAGAUCUUCCAGAAGACCGCCGCCCAGGCCUUUGGCGAGCCUUGUUGCGACUGGGUCGGCGAGUCCGGUUCCGGUCACUACGUCAAGAUGGUCCACAACGGUAUCGAGUACGGUGACAUGCAAUUGAUCGCCGAGGCCUACGACAUCCUCACCCGAGGAUUGGGUCUUUCUGCCGGUGAGAUUGCCGACAUUUUCGAGAAGUGGAACAAGGGAGUCCUCGACUCGUUCUUGAUCGAGAUCACCUACCAGAUCUUGAGGAAGAACGACGACGACGGUGUCCCCAUCGUCGAGAAGGUCCUCGACGCCGCCGGUCAGAAGGGAACCGGUAAAUGGACCGCCGUUAACGCCCUCGACAUGGGUACCCCCGUCACCUUGAUCGGUGAGGCCGUCUUCGCCCGAUGCCUCUCUUCCCUCAAGGAGGAGCGAGUCAGGGCUUCCAAGGUCCUCCCCGCCCCUCCCCGAGAGGCCUUCGGAGGUGACAAGCAGCAGUUCAUCGACGACCUCGAGCAGGCCCUCUACGCCGCCAAGAUCAUCUCGUACGCUCAGGGAUUCAUGCUCAUGCGUGAGGCCGGCAAGGAGUACGGUUGGAACUUGAACAACGCCGGUAUCGCCCAGAUGUGGCGAGGUGGUUGUAUCAUCAAGUCGGUCUUCUUGGCCGACAUCACCAAGGCCUUCCAGAAGGACGACAAGCUCGAGUCGCUGUUGUUCGACGACUUCUUCAAGUCGGCCAUCGAGAAGGCUUCUCCCGGAUGGAGGAGGGUCGUCGCCCAGUCCACCCUCUGGGGAAUCCCCAUCCCCGCUCACUCGACCGCCUUGUCGUUCUUUGACGGAUACAGGACCGAGACUUUGCCCGCCAACUUGAUCCAGGCUCAGCGAGAUUUCUUCGGGGCACACACGUUCAGAGUCCAAUCGGGCAGAGGUUCGGAGAAGCUUCCCGAAGGCCAGGACGUCCACGUCAACUGGACCGGACGAGGUGGAAACAUCUCCGCCUCUACUUACAACGCUUAGACGUAAAUGGUGCCGACUGGCGACCGAGAAUGCCUUCGUGUAUCUCGUAUGGAAUGAUAUGAAUCGUCGUGCUAUAGUUGUCGUCUGCUAGGUGCUGAAGGCAGACUGGAUACUGUCCUUGAUCGAAGAGCAGGCUACUCACGUACGGUCAAGAAACUCCUUACUCAGGCUGAACAUCUUUUGGAAUAUGAUGUUCUACAUUCGCGGCACAAGUCGAAGCCCAAGUACAAUUGGUCAGCUCUCACCUCAAACCCAAGGGUCUGCCGGAAGCAGAUUGAUGCCCGCGUAGAGUGGUGCCACGCGGGCUUGAUGACGAUUCGGAAGCAAAAUCGAAUCCGACGGGAGAUCGUCCCAUCUUUGUUCGGAGGCUGCUUACUGAGGUGGAGCCUUGGCA